GCUAUAGCGCUAAAAUUCAGGGUUGGAUUGCGCGCUGCUUUCCACGAAUGUACCACCAAAACAUGACUAAAUUAACGUAUUAUCGAAUGCAUUUUUAACGCCGCUAAUUGUCUUGAAAAACACAAGGAUGAAGAAACAACUGGCCCUUAAAGCUAUUGCUCCACUGCCUCGAUCAGGCAAGGAUUGUUUCACUUUGUCCACGUACAUUACGCUUAGAUACCAUGGCCUGCUGUAUAAGAACCUAUCAUCUCCUUGUUCAUCAAAUGCAAGCCUCUCUUUUUAAUAAAAGUAAGCAGUGUACAGUUUUAUUCGAGGGCAGUGGUGCGUGUGACAUGCUAACUACAGUAGGUUACGUUGACCAGUGUCAUUCUGGAGUGGUUUCAUCCCCACCCCCUUCAGCUGUCACAUUGUAAUAACUGCUGCUACAGCCGCCUCAGCGUUGAUUUGACUGCGGAGCUUUACGAACCAUCUCCUGCGGUCCUUAUAGGAUAUCUGGUUUGAAAGACAGCUUUCAGCCAUUUUUAUCACCGGUAAACUUUCGUUGAGCCCCGAAAACGUGUCUCAUUCUAAAUAAUGGGUUUUAUGAAGUGACAAAGAAGCAUAAACAAAAGGCAAAAAACGCGAGGUUUGGAUAUAAAAGAGCACUGCCUUGUAUUGACGCCAGGUUUCUGUUUUUGCACUGAAUUCUAGCAUGUGCUACGUGUGACGACAAGGAUGCGCGGAGCAUGGGACCAGCAGCAGCCCGGGUGAAUAACUGUGAGCCAGAGUCUGGGGGGGCGACAGAUGGACACGUUGGGAAGACUGGAGCCUGCUGUCAGCCUUCCUGCUAGAGACACCAUGGAGCAAAGCUUCAGCUUCAGCACGCUGAAGUUGGCGGAGCCGGACCACACGGACGUGAGUCUGACGGCGGCGGAGCGCGUGCGCGCCCUCAGUAAGAUGGGCUACAACAUCGAGAUCAACGAGGACGUGACGCCGCGCCGCUACUUCCGCUCCGGCGUGGAGAUGGAGCGCAUGGCCGCCGUCUACCUGGAUGAGGGGAGCCUGGAGAACGCCUACGUGCUCUACAACAAGUUCAUCACUUUAUUUGUGGAGAAGCUCCCCAGUCACCGUGACUACCAGCAGUGUAGUGUGCCUGAGAAACAAGUGAUCAUGAGGAAACUACAAGAGGUGGCCUUUCCACGAAAGGACCAGCUGAAGAAGCUCCUGCACGAGAAGUACAGCAAAGAGCACAGCGAGUACCUGAAGAGACAGAGCCAGGCGGUGUGUGUGGCCCAGCAGGGCUGUGACGAGAAGCUGCAGCGUCUCUCCCUGAUGGAGGAGGAGCGCCAGCGCGUGGCCCAGCUCCGCCGCAUGCAGCUGGACGCGGAGCAGUUCCGCUACUUUGAGGACCAGCUGCGGCGCCAGGAACAGGCCAGCCGCCGCCAGGACGAGACCCCCACCGCGCCCUCGUCCGCGUCCGCCAAGGAGCCCGAGCAGACGGACGGUUCCUGUCUCUCCCAGGGCUCCAAGAACCACGUGCGUCUCGACCCCAACCGCAACAAGACGUCGCCGCCAAGCGCCAACAACGCCGUGCCCCAAGUGAAGCCGGCCCCCACCUUAGCCGCUGUGCAGACUGAGAACCUUGCUGAUCUACAGAAUCAGCGAGUGGACGGCCUGAGACGCGUGCUGGUCCCCAGGGACCUGACGCACCGGUUCCUGCUACUGGCGGACAGCAACACGGCGCGGGGGAUCGAGACAUGUGGGGUGCUCUGCGGGAAACUGACACACAACGAGUUUGUGCUGACCCACGUGAUCGUCCCUAAGCAGUCAGCCGGGCCGGACUACUGUGACAUGGAGAACGUGGAAGAGCUCUUCAGCUACCAGGACCGCCACAGCCUGCUUACACUCGGCUGGAUCCAUACCCACCCGACGCAGACGGCGUUCUUGUCCAGUGUUGACCUGCACACUCACUGCUCCUACCAGCUCAUGCUGCCAGAAGCCAUCGCCAUUGUCUGUGCUCCAAAGCACAAUGACACAGGAGUGUUUAGACUCACCAGCUCGGGGAUGGGGGAGGUGGCUGGCUGCAGACUGAAGGGCUUUCAUCCGCAUUCAAAGGACCCACCUCUAUUCACUAUCUGCAAACACGUUGUUGUGAAGGACUCAAAGACAAUGGUACUAGACCUCAGGUGACAGGGGAACUGGGGACGAGAAACUCACCACGCAGUGAACGUGAACGUGACCGUGACCGCAAGCUCUUUUUUUCAGAAGCCCGCCGGUCCAAUUUUUAUCUCUGUUUACAUGAAGGCUUUUGUAUUUAUUUAUUUUGAACUGAAGUACUGUGGAUUCGCUUCUUCUUUUUUUAUUUCUUUGCCAUCCUGAAUGUUACGGAAAAGUUUUGAUGAUGAUGUUCUAACUGUGUUGUGUUAUUUUAUAUUAUUUGGUUUUAUUUUUGGGGUCUUUAAAUGCCGAGGUACACUUCUGCGGACGCGGCUUGGUGCAUCGAUACGGACGUGCGCAUUGGUGUGUCCCAAGUAUACUCAUUUUAGUGCUCUUGUUGACAAGUGGACACGGACAGGCCGAGUACAUGUGCACUAUGACCUCAUUGUACUGGGUACAUGUGAACUUUGACCUUAUUGUACUGGGUGCAUGGGAACUUUGACCUCAUUGUACUGGGUGCAUGGGAACUACUGCACGCUCAGUUCUGCACAUGCCCAGUCAAUACGGACUCAACAUGUUGCUGCAGCACGGACAGUCCGUACGGACUGGGCGUAUGACGGAAUGUGCGUCACCCGUACCGUGCUGAUACUGUACGCACACCAUGUCCGCAGAAGUACACCAAACGCCUAACUUCUAACUAUGCUUUGAAAGGGUUUGUUAGUAUGAGCUGUGACAGGGUACAUUAACUAGACGGAAAACAAAACAAAAAGACCUGCUGUUGGAAGGAUAGUUAUUUUGUGAUCAAAUUUAUGCAGGUUUUUAUUUGACCACAAGAUGGUGCUGUGGUUCCAUUGGAAAGAGCCAGAAAAGCCUCGCUGAUUUUACAGAUGUCUUCUUAAGGACAAGCUGAUUGACAAAGCUGGGUUGAAGCCUGACAUUGUAGUUACAUCGACAUGUUGAGCAUUAAGUGAUUUUCAGUAUUCAGCCUGUGCUUUGGGCUGCUUUAUAAACUUGAAGAUAUUUUGGCUUUUCUUUUUUUUUUACUUUCUACUUUUUACGAAUUUGUUUGUGGCCAACAGUCUCUCAGUCAAUAACAGAGAGAACUCAAUAAGAUGUCAAGAUGUGAAUGCUUCUAUCACCAGACUUUGCUGAGCCAUAUCCAAUGCUAUCGUCAGUCAUACGGUAAUUAUUCUUUUUUUCUUGCCAUAUUAGUUUGUAGUGAAGAAUGUGUUUUUUAGUGUUAAGUGAUGUCACAAGCUGUAUUGCUGAAGCUGCGUGUCAUUAUCAAGCUAUUUGUGUUGUUUGCUUCUUCUGAAGAUGAGCAUACAGGCGUGUCUUGCCUACUAGUGGUGUGAUUGUAUACGUUUGAGAGCCGAGUCUGUUCAAAGGAUCAACAAAAGACACACAUACACACUCACACACACACACACACAAACAAGUACACACAAAACCAAAGGAGUUUGCAGAAAUACAGAACCCCCUUAAAGGCCUUAACGGAACAGAAGCCCCUUAAAGGCCUUAACGGAACAGAACCCCCUUAAAGGCCUUAACGGAAAAGCUAUUCCUAUUAGCCCCGUAUCUGUAGUCCCCCCCCUACCCCCUACCCCAGCCACACAGAACUCAGGUCCAGCACUUGCCCCACACUCAAAGCACAUCCUCAGUAUAGCAACUACCACCACAUGUACUCAAACUACUGUAUUUCACGUGCCAUCAACCACUGUAUUUCAUCAGAUAUUUUAUUGCUGUCUUUUUCCCCCCCUGAUUUCUAACUGUAGAUUUUAGAUGGGUGAUCUAAAAGUGUGUGUGUGUGUGUGUGUGUGUGUGUGUGUGUGUGUGUGUGUGCGUGUGUGUGUGAAGCAAAACCUCAAAACAAAAUAAAUAAAUGGCUCUUGCGGCAAUAGUGUCAGCUUGCUCCGUUGGUGGUGUGAACGGCGUUCUCUUUUCAUUUAUAUUCUAUAUUGUUCCUUUUCUGGUUUGUUUGAUUGUCAUUUGUGUUUCCCAAGGUCUCCCGGUUGUGCAGCUGUGUGAAGUGUUGUGUUUUAGGGGGUUGGGGGUGGGGGGAGCGGCGCUGGUGGUCCGGGGAGACGUAACAUGUCUUAUAUCUGUGUGUCUCUGCUGCUCUGUGUGUGAGGUGUGAGUGUUGGGGGUCGGUCUUGUGUACCUGCGCACCAUGUGCAAAGAGUUUUUUUUUUCCACUGACAAUUUGUUAUUAAAGAAUGGUUGAUUAAAAAAAACAAUUAUAAUGAUAA